AUGUCACUGUUGGAGGACAGACAGUAGACGCAGUCUAUUUAUGUGAGCCAUUCACAUUUGGCACAGACACUAUAAACCUGAUUGAUUUUUCUCCAUCGUCUCUCAGAAAGUUGUUUGCUGCCUCCCUCACACACGCUUUUCUUCAGUUUUGAGAUACGACUGUUCAGCUUCAAGUGCAGGAAUUUACAUCAAUCAUGGCUGAUGCACCUAAAAAAUCAAAGAUCUCAUCCUCCAGAAGGCUGGGGUUGAAGAUUAGACUGCUGGCAGUUGCUGCCCAGAUGCUGCAGAAAGAGACAGAGCAGAAGAUGAAAGAAAGAGAAGCUGCUCUGGCAGAAAUAGUUCCUCCUCUAAAUCUGUGUGGUCUGUCUUUGCAAGAAUUGCAGGAUCUUUGCAAAGACUUGCACCACAAGAUUGAUGUUGUAGAUGAGGAGCGGUAUGAUUUUGGCCUCAAGGUGGCCAAAAAUGACAAAGAGAUUGACAACUUGAAAUUGAAGAUCACUGAGAUUCAGAGUAAGUUCAAGAAACCAACUCUGAAGAGAGUGAAGAUCUCAGCUGAAGCCAUGCUGAGCGUCCUGCUGGGCUCCAAACACAAGGAGUCCAUUGACUUCAAGGCCAACCUCAAAACUGUCAAGAAGGAGGAGGAGAAGAAGGAGGAGGUUACUGACUGGCGUAAGAACGUGGAGGCCAUGUCUGGUAUGGAGGGCAGGAAGAAGCUGUUUGAUGCCUCCGGCAACUAAAGAAACAUAUAUUUUUGUUUAUGAGAUCGAAAUUGUAAACAUUACUUACUGUCUUACCUAUAGUUUACCGACUUUGGAAUUGCAUCAUUGAAUCAGUACCCUUAAAACCCUUGUUUCUCUUGCUUGUAAUUUAAUAAAAAUAAAGGUAAAGUAACAAAUGUUGAGAAGAACUAUACUAUAUUCAAUAUAAAUACUCAACAUAAAUCAGUAGGUUAUAUUUAGGAACAGUUUUUUUGUAUUUUUUUUUGUAGUAGUGAUGCAGUGACUGUUUGCAGCCUUGUGAUGGCAGCAUAACUCUUUCAGACCA